AUGAAAGACCUUAACAUGAAAACGGGAGAUGCGGUCGACGCCGUGACUGUGGCCUCUGUGCCUCAGAAGGAGAGCUUCGAUGAGAAGUUCUCGGUGGACGAAGUAGCAAGACAGCUCAACGCGACCGCAGAAGAAGUCCUCGUGGCUAGAGACCACCCGUGGAGGCUCACUCUUGAGGAAACGCGCCGCGCUGUCGAUACCCUAGUCUUUGAACAUACUCUCGACCCCAACUUUCCAGAGCGGCUCAAAGCUUUCCAGACUCAUGAAGAGAUGGCUACAAACCCCGAGGGCUACGAGCGAGAGAUCUCAAGAGUAAAAGUCGGAAUCUCACUGCUCACGACCAAUAGUCCGUAUGCAGAAAUGUGCGUUGUCGACGGUCCUCAAGACGAAGUCAAUCUUCCUGUGUCGACCAUUCACUCUUGGGUCAUCGGGUUUCUCUUCGUCGUCUUCGUUGCCUUCAUCAACCAACUAUUCAGCGUACGUUAG